AUGCUUCAAUUAUGGUCAUCUGAAGAUUUAUUUUAUAAAUAUGAUUCAGAUAAAGCUCUUUUUAAACAAAGUCUUUUACCUAAUCUUGUUAAUAAUCAUAAUGAUAAUUUUUAUCCUCAUCUUGAUGGAUUUAAUCCAAAUGAUCUUAGUACAAUUGAAGAUUUUAUUAUUAAUUUAAAUAAUGAUCAUAUAUUUUGGGAGUUAGAAAAUUUAAAUGAAUUAAGUCCAUUAUUUCUUUCAUCAUGUGUUAUGCUUAAUAUAGAAGAAUCAAUAUGGACAUGGCGUGAAUUUUUAUUAUAUGAAAUUUUUCAAAUAAAACAUAUAAUAAUGAUUUAUAUGAUGAAUUACAGAAAAAUUUUAAUAGAUUAUAUUGAAAGAAUUGAAUUAUAUAAUAUAAAAGAUAAAUCAACAAUUUCAAUAUAA